AUGGACAGUGCGAGGAGUGAUGCUCUCUCGAGCCUACGAGAGAUCGGAAGAACUACUGAUGACACUGCCAAUCCUAGUGCAUGUGAUAUCAUACCUUCUGGAACAGCUCUACUUGCUAUGAAGAUAUCGUCUUCUUCUGGUGUCGCAUCCUGGAGAGAGAGCUCUUGGAGUGAAGGAUGUGAAGGAGCUCAAUCGAAGGUCGGAAUGAAGGACGUCCGUGAGGUCGACCAGACCGAGACCUCGAGUGCACAUAGGCACCCUGUUGAGUCAGAAGAGAGGCCCCAGUCGCCCACAAGCGAUAUCGAGCUUCCGAUCCAGCGCAAUUUUCGCGGCUGGUUGGUUGGGGAAGAUUCGGCUCUUCAAGAUGCGCUCGAUCGGGCUAGCGUCGCCCUGGCUAAGGCACGCAGGGUCAGACCUGGUCAAGAGAGUUCGACGUCCAGCACAUCGAGCCCUCGUAGUGAAGACGGCGCGCUGCCCCCGUUGGUAUGUACGCAACGGCCAGGGAGCCCACCUGCGUGGGAGUUGGUGGUGCAUGGAGAAUCACGGUCCUCCCCGAAGGAUGGACCAACAGUUGUCCAUUAUCAUCAUCAUUACCAUCAUCACUACUCCAAUGGGCUCCCUGGAGAUGCCAGAAUAGGAGAGGCAGAAAAAAAGGCAAUGGAUGACGCUAUGAAGAUGUUGAAAUCGAGCAAGUCCGGUACCGCGCAAGAUGAUCCUACUGCAGUGCAUCAUCACGUUAGCCAUCGCCAUAUUCAUCAUGAUCAUCAGCCUGUUGUUCUCCAGCAUCCAAUCGGGCACCGAGGGAUCAUUGGAGCUCAGCAAUAUCUGUUCAGACCAUCAACAGCAGAUCAUCCGCAGCGACUGAGACCCGCUUCGUCUCCUUCUUUCCGGUCGUCGUGGUACAGGAGAACCUUGGCUUGCCCACAACCACCGAAGACGACUCGCCAAUUUGGUGCGUGAGCUAUCCGUUUGCUCGCUGUCUACGUUUACGAUUGUCUAUGACUCUCUCUGUGCGGACGU